AUGGAGGACGCAGAUGCCGUCAGCGACUCCGACGAGGAGGCUGAGGAAGAGCGCAAGUCGGUGGACAGCGACGAGGAGCUCAACGUGGACACGCAGCCGCAACUUGCGGAAGACGACGAAGCUGAGCAGGUGCAGCCCACGCGGAGGCUCCGGCAAAAGACAGCCGAGCAAACCCUGUCAUUGCCAACUCUGCCCGCUGAGUAUCCGUCUGAUGCCUGGCCCCAACGAUGGAGGGGCCAAGCUGCCCCAAAGCCCGGUGAGCCAGGAUUCAACGUCUAUGCUCAAGAGUGCAUCAACACGGUACUGAGAUGGUGGGAUGAAAGGGGCGUGAGGGAGGGCCACGAGAAGUACCAGAAAACUGCAGCUUGUCGUGGAGAGUCUCUAGCAGCAGCACAGAUACCGAUAGCGACAUUCGUGAGUUCAGUUCCCCUCUUAUUUUCGCAUCCAUCCUUCCGACCCAAAGACCAAGGCAGAGGCUGUGGCGCACCCGCUUUCUCCUUGCAAGCGUCUGCUUAUGGACGCCAGGAUGGGAGCAGGCAAGACCAAGGCAGGCUUCUCAAGGUAGAGGGCAUGCAUGUGACACGGGCUACGUAUGUCCGUGGCUAUUUGCAGGUUCUCAUCACCGUGCUGGACCAGCACUUCACCGACAAGCGCAAGAAACUGCCAAUCUUUCCGACCAAGGCCUUGGCAAACAACUUUUACCACGAGCUUCUUCGGUGGCCAAAUAAGUACCGCAGCUACUUUGCGCAUAUGCAGCCGGAGCUCGCCGCAAAGGCCGUGCCGCUGAAAGGAAGGAUGACCUCGUCCUCGCUGGUACAGUCUCUGGAAGAAUCCGAGUCGAAGGAGUGGAGCGUUCCUCCCACGGAGGCCAACGAACUGGCAGAGCGGCUUCGCAUCGAGCUUGAAAUGACAUCGCUCCGCAAAGAGAGCGGGGAGCGCAUGUGCGGAGUGAACCGUGGAAGAUUGACCCGCACCUUCACCCGAUGGUUCCAGGCUACGUUUCCAACGAAACAACACCUGCUACCUGGGGCGCCGCUCCGAGCAAUGAACCUCAGCACAGCCGGCGGGAGCUUUUCUGCCAAGCGGCCAACUGGUGAAGCACGCCACCCAGUGGCACAAUUCGGCUACGAUCUGGCCACGAGGAACGUGUUCGACAAUGCCGUGGUCGUUAUUGACGAGGCCCACAACAUGCUGUGCCACCCCAAGGAGUGCAAGCUUCUGAGGCCAGCCGGGGUAACAACAGCGGAUGCCUCGCCCCCGCCCCGCUCGAUGCAGAGGCCGCAGCUGGACUCUGCCUCCAACCUCACGCUGAUUUGUCUCAGCGGCACACCGCUGCCGGACAACCCAAAGGUGAAGCUGGCAGACUUGCCCGCCCACCUGCAGAAGCAGCGUCAGCAGCUGGAAGGACUCCUGCAUGGCUGGACGCCCGAGGUGUUGAGAAUUCUGAAGGCAGUCUCCAGCUCAGCAGGCCUUCCUGUUUACCUGACGGCCCAUCUCUUCGGCAAGCGCUUCUCCGGCCUCUCGAGGACGAAGCCGAGCUCCUUGGAAGGCUUCCUGUGCUCCUAUCAUGGCCGGCUGCCUGGGGAUUCUGCAAAGAUCCUCGGGGGCUCCGCUCGCAAGGUCUGCGGCAAGGCGCUGGAGCAGCCCGUGAAGCUUCCCGCCGUGAUGGCGGCCAGGUAUUUCAAGAAGGCUGCACUUGGUGGCAAGAGGGGCGGGGGGCAAAGUUGCUACAAGGUAAAGGAGAGGAAAGAGCUGCGCACCCUCCAGAACUAUACCAACAUGGAGGUCUUCACCGGGCACAUGAAGCAGCAAAAGUUUGAGGAUCGCGCCCUUUCAGCCCCCGACAACUAUGCCGCGAAGCUUUUUGCUGCGGCUGAGGAGAUCCUCAACACUGACCUGAACCCUGGGCAGCAAGAUGCCCAAAGCUCCCUAAAAUAA